GCUUGUUGGGGCCCCUCCCAUUUUGACGUAGGAAAUGAAUCAUUGCUGUAAAGAUGGCGAUGCACCUGUCUGUUCGUAGCUAAUCCUUAUUCCUUUUUUUAAGCGGUUCAUCAACAAUACUAAACAAAAUAUUGGGGUAAUUUAUUGUACAAGCGAUUACAUUUAGUAGUACAUCUCCGUAAAUUAAAUUGAUCAAAUAUGUCGACAGAGGAACUGUCAACUUCGGACAGCGAGGCUGCCUUCGCCGGUGCUGGGGAGAGAUGGGCGCCCGUUGGGGCUGUUGCCAACUCGGAGGAUGAGAGUCGAAUUGGAUACACGACCGAACCGAGAGGGAAAGGAUCCGUUUCGGCCAGUGAGCCGGAGAUGGCUUCCAGACUAAGGAAGCUGGAGGAGGAACAGGCCCAGCUGAAUUCUUCGCUGCUAGCGCUAACGUCUCACUUCGCUCAGGUGCAGUUCAGGCUGAAGCAGAUUGUUCAUGCUCAGACUGACGAGAAGGAGAGCAUGUUAGUGGAACUGGAAGAGUUCGCUUUCAAAGGUUGCCCUCACGUCGUAGGAUGCCGAGCACAGGAUACAAAACAGCUGGAAAACUCGAGCGAGAGGGAGAAGAGAGAGCGUCUGGAGGUCCAGAGAGAGAAGCAGAAGGACCUCAUCAUCCAGUUGAAAACGCAGCUGGACGACCUGGAGCGCUUUGCCUACCAGGAGGGCAGCUACGACUCCGUGCCCCAGGCUGUGGUGAUGGAGAGACAGAAGGUGAUCAUCGACGAGCUGAUUAAGAAGCUGGACGUGAACCUGAACGAGGACAUCGGGAACCUGACCCCAGAGGAGCUGAGGCAGAGGGUCGACGCUGCCAUCGCCCAGAUCGUCAACCCAGCUCGGGUCAAAGAGCAGCUGGUGGACCAGCUGAAAACCCAGAUCAGAGACCUGGAGAUGUUCAUCAACUUCAUCCAGGACGAGGUGGGGAACCCCCUCCUCUCGGACGGGGCCCCCAGCCAGCAGCCGGGGAACGCUGGCUCCAACACCAGAGCCCCUGGAGGACGGAAGAAAAUGGAUCCUGAGCACGCCCAGAAGGUGCGCGACACGGGGCUGCAGCUGAUCCAACGCGCCCUGGCCGUGCUGCAGAUCUUCGCCGUCAGCCAGUUUGGCUGCGCCGCCGGCCGCGUCCCCCCGAUGUGGUCCCACACCGACGGGGGGCAGGGCCACGGGCCCCUCCUGCAGAGCCUGGAGGGGGCCGUGGACCGGGUUCGAGUCCUGGCCUCCUGCAGGCAGCCGUCGGUGGAUCACGUGGUGAGCUACUCCAGCAGCGGCACGGCCCUGGGGCCCCGGGACGAGCUGACGGCCGCCGUGAGGAAGGAGCUGGCCCUGGCCUUGAGGGACCUGCUGGCCCACGGCCUCUACGCCCCCUCCCAGGGCAUGAGCCUGGUCCUGGCCCCCAUCUCCUGCCUGCUGCCUCGCAGCUCCGCCCCGCAGACCAUGCACCCCUGGGAGCUGUUCGUCAAGUACUACCACUCCAAGAACGGCAAGGCCUUCGUGGAGUCGCCCGCCCGCCAGCUCUCCCAGUCCUUCAGCCUUCCCAUGGGCGGUGGCCCUGUCACCGUCACCCCCAAACAGUCCCUGCUGUGGGCGAUCCACUCGGUCCUGCAGGAGCACGACCGCUACAAGCGAGGAGCGGACUCCGAGUUCAAGGCUCUGGUGUGCAUGGCGCUGAACGAGCAGAGGCUGGUGUCCUGGCUCAACCUGCUGUGCAAGUCGGGGACCCUGGUGCACCCCCACUACCAGCCCUGGAGCUACAUGGCCCAGACGGGGUUCGAGGGAGCGCUGAGGAUCCUGGGGCGCGUCAGUCACCUCCGGUUCAACCUGCCCGUGGAUCUGGCGGUACGACAGCUCAAGAACAUCAAGGACGCCUUCUGAGUUGUGCCUGGAGAGGGGGCGCUAGACCUGGCUUUGAGGUGGGGCCGUCACCUCAGCACUGGUUGUCGUUUUCCUCUGGUACUUAACAGUAUUAUUGACUGAUUCGUUGAGUCCUGAAUGAGUCUCAGACUUCAAACGUGCCGAAAGAAGUUUGUGAAGCAGGAAGUGUGGUUUGGUUUGUCCCCUAAGCUGGCAAAGCGUCUACCCUCUCUAAAGUGGUCGAUUAAAUCGCUGUUCAACCCAAACCAAGUGUGUGAUGUUUGGUUGCAUGGUCUAUUUGAUAUUCUGUAACUUGGUUUGGUUUCAUAUGAAUUAUUAUCACAACCAUUAUCCGUGACCCAAAGGUUUAUUAAAUAUAAAGCCCUCCUGAAGGUUUAGGUGAUGCAUUACAUAGAUUACUACUGAGCAUCAAAAGGUCUUUAACACUAGACAGCUACGACCAGGAUGCACUAGAUCCUUAUCAAGCUCUUAUGAUUUCAAGCUCUUUUUCUACCAACCUCUUAAAUUGUAGCUUCAAACACAUUACGUUAACGUUUCAGUUAACAAACGCUACUUCGCCACUCGUGCUCAUCGUGACAAAGUCCUCUGUGUCAUUCUUCUACACGCCGCUCUUAGAAGCUCGGCUAGACAGCCUACGAAACCGUCCGCGACAGUAGCUCUCGCUUUUGCGCUUGUGCAUGACGAUAGCGACUGAUGCUAAUCCCAUGAUGUCUGAGUAGAAGACCAUUCUGAACGCCUCACUAGUAGAAGCUUUAAGCUUUUUUAUGUCUUAUCCCUAUGGAGAUGAGUUGGCCCCACACAGGAAUGUGGUUGGGGCCUUUUACUGUAAUAGGAUACUGAAACGAUCAUCCAUAUAAUGGUUGAUUGCUAAUGAGACCAAAAGUAACGUUAUUCCACAUAACACAGGACAGUGACACCAUAUACCAGAGCUCUGUGUUACCUUGCAUUGGUCACUGUGUAACUUAUGCGUGCGUGUCUUGUUACAAUGAGUCCAUGGAGGACUGAUCGACCACAAUUCACUGCCCUCGGGUCAAUUACAACUGGCACUAGAGUACUCCCUCUAACCGGCUCAUGAUUGUAUAACAUGGAAAGAUUGUAUUGUGAAACAGGCCAAACUGUCGCAUUAAACCUUUCACUCCUUAUACAGUUGUGAGAAAUGAUCUGAUCGUUUGAACAAAGCCUCUUGUGUUCAAGUGGAUGACGUGUACACCCUGUAGUAAGUGCUGCUUAUUUCACAAAUGUCACUUAUUUCAAUUAAGAUUAUUACAUGAAUACAUGUUGAUUCCUAAACUGCAAUGUAUUUAAUUAUAUACCUGAUUUAAAAUGAUUAUGGGAUGUGGACAAUUUCAGUUUCUUUUGCUGAGUGUCCUGAGAGAUCAGUAAAAACAUGUGAAAUGUUAUCUUCUUAUCACAUGUGAAUCACGUGUGCAUCUGAAUGUUCAAAGCAUGAAUGUUAUGAAACAGGCGUGUUGUGUGUUUCUCCACCUGACCUGUUCUCGUACUUUUCCAUUGUUAUGAUUUGUUAUUCUCUAAAUUAAUAUCAACAUUCUGUUUGUUGUCGAAAUGUGUCUGUAUAAAUGUGAUGUAAUUGCAUAACCUUCCCCCUGCGUUCUCCUGGUGUGUGUUUGUAUGUUAGGGGUGGAAGGACAGAUCUUAUAGGGCAGCCUUUCUCAUCCAUGGUCCUUGUGCCACCUUGACCUGCAUAUCCUAGAUCAGUGGUUCUCAAACCUGUCCUCAAGUACCACCUGUCCAGCAUGUUCUAGAUGUUUCCCUGCUCCAACACGCCUGAUUCAAAUGAAUGGGUAGUCAUCAGGCUGCUGUUGAGCUAUAGAACGACUCAAUCAUUUGAAUCGGGUGUGUUGGAGCAGGGAAACAUUUAAACAUGCAGGACAGGGGUCCUUGAGCACCAGGGUUGAGAACCACUGUUAUAAGAGAGGUAUUUGUGUCUGAGACAUCCAUGUGUCUAAAUAACCUGUAUAACAGCUGUGUUCUGUGUCCACCCUAGAACACAUUAAGUGCUCUACAUGCUCUAUAUGUCUACAUGUAAGUCACACCCCAUUAGUAUAUAUAUAUAUAUAUAUAUAUAUAUUUUUUUUUGUCCAUUAUUAUUUACUCACAAUUUAAAUU